AUGCCAGUCCCGCCUGCACCGUCUCUACAAGCACCUUCACCGUCAUGGGAUAAGGUAGUAUGGGUCUCCUUCCCUGACAAGAGGCCGCUCGACCAAACCGCCACCCUUGCUAUUCAGUACUUUCCUGACGAUCAUGACAGCCUUGGUCACGAUGCCUGGCUAGCAGAGGCUCGUGUGCUAGAUCUGCGCAAUACAGUUAUCGAUGCAGAGGACGGCGGCUGUUAUGUGCACCAGGGGCUGGUUACCAUGUUAGCCGUCAAGUCGCGGAACCAAAUUGCUGUCGACGCCUACACGUGGGAUUGGCUGACCCGUCAACUUCGGGAGAGUCUCUUGUCCAGCUCCUGCCGAGGUGAGGACGGAGAGGCGCUACGCACUGUUUUGUUCCUGCACUGGACCACCGACGAGCCCACAAACCCCACCCUUGACUCAGUUUACAGUGCAGUACGAUUGCUUAAGCAUAUUCACGGAACGGCAUUUCGGGCCUACCCGAACGAGAGUGAGGCGUGGCAAGAGAGAGCCAAACUGGGCGACAUCCGAGCUUUAGAUGAUAUUGCCCGCUCCUCUCCGCCCGAGUUUUCGUAUCGACCGAAGACGUGUUUCGGGCACGGUCCGUGUGCGCUCCAAGAGGAGAGCAUCACCGUUCAUAAGAGAACCCAUAGUGGCUGCGCUACGCACGUGCAUAUUCGAAAGCAGAGAGACAGGCAACAGCUUACAUGCAAUGUGGAGAUGCCUGCGUCGAAGCAGCCGUCGAAGCAGAGGAAAGGCAGGAAGAGUAUGCUAGCGAAGACGAACAAGUCAUCGAAAGAUCCCACCUACGAUGCGACAUCUAGUGGUCAAACGCACUGGUUCCACCAAGAGUUCGUUCCGGCCUUGCGAGACUAUGAAUUCAGAGUUUUCAUUGUCACCGAGCGCGAUGAACAGGGUAUUCGAGGCCGAAGUGGGCGGAUUGUCGCUAUUGCGAAGACGGCCUUCAACCAAGAGACCCAGGCACUUGCAUCCCGAGAGUUGCUGUCGGAGGACCUGGAGCCUUCGUUAACACGAUCUCAUCUCGAGCAGUUUUGUAUUUGGGUCUUUGAAAGCCUUCGAGCGCGAACUGACAGUAUGGUGUUCUUCGAGUCACUCGAGGUUGGCACUCGCCUCGAUAUCGGCGUCGCAGAAGACGGGAUGGGUGAGAAACGGCUCUUCGUGAAUGAGAUUACGCGAUGGUACGGAGCCCACUACUUCUCUCACAACAUAUGCUCGGAGCCUAAGACCCAGAUCUGCAAGGCAUUUGCUCAUGCCUUUGGCGAACUUCUUCAGAGCGGCAUGGGGGACGUCUUCUGA